CGCAAACUGUUGCGGGCUACGGGACGAUGAGGGUGCCGGUACUUUUGUUUUUGGUGGCCCUAGUGGCGGUGAGGGCGGCGCCCCGGGCAGAGCCUCAAACAGCAACUGCAGCAACAACAACUGGUGCUCAACCCGCGGUGAAGAAAAUCAUCACCACCACCACUACAGAAGAAGUUGAAGAAGAUGAGGAAGAUGACUAUUACUACGACGAGGAGGAGGAAACCACUUCCACCACCAGCACUCAGUCUUCGAAUAACCAGGGUUCUGGUUCUGAAGUUAAUGGGAAACAUAGAGGACAUGGACAUAGAGGGGGAAAAGGUCAUCAUGGGGCUAGAAGAAAGGGCAGGAGAAAGGCAGGGCAUGGCAGAGUAGGUCAUGGUAAGAAAAAAGGAUGUCAUGGUAAAGUUGAAAAAGAGGAACAUAAAGCAAAAGGAGGCUGCAAGGGAAAACAACACCAAGAGGAGAAGAAAGAAGAGAACCAUCAGAGAUCUGAGCAGAAUAAUAAUAACCAAAACACUCAAAACAAUAAUGUAAAUAAUAAUCAACUGCAAGUUACGACAGUCAAUAGAAAGACUGCAAACCAAACUAAGCAGCAUAAAGCCAAAACUACUAAGAAGAUAAUUUACACGACUACAACCGAAGAAAUUGAGGAGCCUGCUACUGUAAACCCUAAUGGAUCGAGCAAUCCUGGUAAUGGUAAUGCAGGAACUGGUAACACUGGUUCUGGAAACACUGGAGCGAAUAAUUCUGGCAAUAAUGGAAGCAAUUCAGGAACUGGAUCUGGCAGCACUGGUAAUGGCGGGGAGAAUCCAGGCACUGGCGCUGGCAACACCGGUAAUGAUGGAGGAGACUCAGGUUCUGGCACUGGCAAUACUGGCUCGAAUAAUCCAAGCGAUGGCGGAGGCCACGCAGACAAUGGAAGUGGCAACUCUGGAGAUAAUGGAGGAAAUGCCGGUACUGGAGCUGGCAACACUGGUACGGAAUCCAGCGGAGUUGCUUCGAAUAAUAACCAAUCUGGAGGCGAUUUUACAAAGAUUUCAAAGUCGCUUGACAUGUCUAAAUCUUCAAAUUCUGGUAGCGGAAGGAGUAUCGUCCAAAACGGUGAUACCACCAAAAUUGGUAGCUCAUCGUCUAGCGGAGCCACUGCUGGUACUGGCACUUCUAUAUCAUAUGCUGAUGCCAACGGAGAACAGACUGCUGCUACUUCUGCCAAAGCCGGCGCGUCUGCUACUGCUGACGCUGAGAUAGUUGCUGACAACGUGACAGGGUAUAAAACUACAUCUUCCAAUUCAAAUGAUUCUAAAACUCAGUCAGCAUCGAAACUGACCAAAACUAAUGACAUGACCAAGACUGAGGCUUCGUCAGUAGCCGAAGCAAAUGCUGCAGCUGCUGCCAGCGCUUAUGCAAAGACAGCCAAUGGCUACGUGUCUAAAGAGAGCGAAUCUAAAGCGCAUAACCUCAACGCUGAGUCCGCUUCAGUAACCAAGAACGCAAAUGGAAGCACUGUUAAGGUUUUUAAAAAGGAAAGCAAGUCUGAGGAGUCCAAGUCUGAGAGGCAAGAAAGUCAAACGGUCAUCACAAGCUAGACUGAUUUUUAUUUGUUAAAAAUAAAGAAAAUUAAUUUAUUAA